AUGGCAAAUAUUCAUCUUGAUGAAAAGCCCUAUAUCAUGGCUCCUCAUGAAUACAAGGGCAUCCAGUACCCAGGAGUAGUGCUUCCAUCCAGCAUCGACGCGAUGGAGACCUUCGAAGUCCGUCCCGACGACGUCUUCGUUGUGACGUUUCCGAAGUCAGGUACUCAUUGGUUGAUGGAGAUCACCGGACUCGUUCUCACCGAUGGAUAUCCGGAGAAUAUCAACCGGAGUACCUGGGGUUGCAUCGAGAUGAUCAACAUCCAUGCUAUCCAGUUGCCCAAGACAAGAGCCGAAGAGUUGGCCAACCCAGUGAAAAUGACGCCAAUGUUAGACGAGAUUGUGAAAGCGCCCUCUCCAAGGCUGAUGCGGAGCCACUUGCAGCUGAAGAAUUUGCCGCCGAAUUUGCACAAACUAGCCAAGAUUAUAUAUGUGGCUCGCAACCCCAAAGAUGUGAUCAACUCUUAUUUCAAUUUCCUGGGGGACACGCGAGCUUUUCAUAACAAGCCGUUCGACAAAGUUUUAGAGGACUUCAUGGAAGAAGGUGAGGUGAUGAAUGUUAUAGUAACGAUGAUGGUGUUUAAUAAUAUGCCUAUGAUAAUCCAUAAUUAA